AUGGCGGCGGCGGCGGCGACGGCGCAGCCAGGGCUCGACGCGCGCGAGUGGGACGAGGCGGCCCGGCUGCCGCCGCGCUGGUCGACCCCGUCUCUAUCGUCCAAGCGCACAGCGGCCCCGUUUACGACGCCAAGUUCUACAAUGAUCCGAUUCAGCCGCUGCUCUUCAGCUGCGGGGAUGACGGCCACAUUCGGGGUUGGAGAUGGCACGAGAUGCAGAGCUGCCUUCUGCCACUCUCUCUGCAAGAGCACUUAUUUUGAUCUUUCUCAUGAUAUUUUACCAUUGCAUUUUUCCCCAGGGGAUCAUGUUGAACCAAUACUUGACUUGGUUAACCCUCAGCAUGAAGGCCCUUGGGGUGCACGGUCUCCAAUACCAGAAAAUAAUGCCAUUGCAAUUAGCAAACAGGAUGGAUCUCUUUUUGCGGCAGCGGGUGAUGCAUGUGCUUAUUGCUGGGAUGUGGAAAGUGGCAAGUGUAAAAUGACCUUUAAGGGGCAUACUGACUAUUUGCAUAGUAUCGCAGUUCGUGAAGCGAACCACCAGGUGGUAACUGGAUCAGAGGAUGGAACAGCCCGUAUCUGGGAUUGCAGAAGUGGGAAGUGUACGCAGACGAUACGUCCAGUACAGAACAAGAAAUUUGAGGGCUCGUGGGUCGGCUGCAUUGCCAUUGAUGCGAGUGAAAGUUGGCUGGCUUGUGGUACUUCUAGUGGUAUAUCAGUUUGGAGUCUUCUUUCAAAUGAGUGCAUCUUUAACGCAGAUUGUGGUGCUCCUGUUCAAGAUCUGUUGUUUGACAAAAAUCAAAUUUUAGCGGUUGGCGCUGAACCUGCGCUCUCCCGUUUCACGAUCAACGGGGUUGUUGUUUCGCAAAUAAAGUGCGCUCCUCCAUCGGCAUUUUCCGUCUCCAUGCAUUCGUCCGGGAUGGCAGCUGUUGCUGGGCAUGGGGGUCUGGUGGAUGUCAUCUCUGGAUUCGGGAGCCAUCUCUGCGCGUUUCGUUGCCGUGGUCUGGAUAGGUAA